CCCCUCGUAAUUGCGGAAGUGGAAGUUGUCGAAGUUCACCCUGCUUGUCAGUGUUGCUCUUGUAACCGCUGUGCUGUUAGUGUCCAGAAACAGAGGAUAAUAACUCACAGGGAUGUCUCUGUCUUUCGAGGGAAGAGUUGUGCUUGUCACCGGGGCCGGAGGAGGCCUUGGCAGGGAAUAUGCACUGGCUUUUGCUGCAAGAGGUGCCUCAGUUGUAGUGAAUGACCUUGGGACAGACACUAAAGGGGGUGGAAAGAGUUCUGCAGCUGCUGAUAAGGUGGUGGAGGAGAUAAGAGCGAAGGGAGGCAAGGCCGUGGCAAACUAUGAUUCUGUUGAAGAUGGAGAAAAAUUGAUCCAAUCAGCCCUGGAUGCAUUUGGAAGAAUAGAUGUUGUGGUAAACAAUGCUGGGAUCCUCCGUGACCGAUCAUUUGCCAGGACCAGUGAUUUAGACUGGGACCUGAUUCAGAGGAUUCACUUGAGAGGCUCCUUCUUGGUGACUCGAGCUGCCUGGAACCACAUGAAAAACCAAAAGUUUGGCAGAAUUAUCAUGACGGCUUCAGCCGCCGGCAUCUAUGGUAACUUCGGCCAGGCGAACUACAGCGCUGCCAAGCUGGGCAUGCUGGGGCUGUCAAACACGUUGGCCAUCGAGGGAAGCAAGUACAAUGUCCACUGCAACACUAUUGCUCCUCUCGCUGGGUCACGUCUCACAGAGAAUAUCAUGACCCCGGACCUUGUGGCAUCUCUGAAGUCUGAGUAUGUUGCUCCCCUGGUCCUCUGGCUCUGUCAUGAACAAUGCCAAGAAAAUGGAGGACUGUUUGAGCUCGGCGGAGGCUGGAUCGGUAAAUUGCGCUGGGAGCGUUCUCAGGGCUGCACUGUAAGAAAGAAGAACCAACCCAUGACUCCUGAGGCUGUCAGGGACCAGUGGGACAAAAUCUGUGAUUUUACAAAUGCCAUCAAGCCUACCAGCCUACAAGAGUCUUUCCAGUCAGUCGUGAGUGUGCUGCCUCAGUUAGACUCGGAGGGAGACAUCGGUGCAAAUCCAACAGCUGCAGCUGCUGCAUCUUCUGCAUCUUCGAUCAAUCCUUCUGAGGUAGUGGGACAAAAACUACCACCGACCACGUUCAGCUUCGACCACAUCCAGUGUAUCCUCUACGCGUUGGGGGUCGGCAUGUCCACCAAGGACCCAGACCAUCUCAGGUUCCUGUAUGAAGGUCAUGAAAGCUUCAGCUGCCUCCCCACCUUCGGGGUCAUUCCCGCCCAGGCAGCCAUGAUGGGAGGCGGGCUCAGCUCAAUACCUGGACUCGACAUAGAUUUCACACAGGUAUUGCAUGGAGAGCAGUAUCUGGAGCUUUACAAACCUUUGCCAACCUCAGGCACUCUCACCUCUGAGGCCACCAUAGCAGACAUUUUGGACAAAGGAUCCGGAGCCCUCAUCCUCUUGGAUGUGAACACCUUCAACGGCAACGAGCUGAUUUGCUACAACCAGUUUUCAGUGUUUGCGGUCGGAGCUGGAGGGUUUGGAGGGAAGAGAACCUCUGAAAAAGCCAAAGCUCCCGUGCCCCCACCUAAACGGGCACCAGAUGCUGUGGUGAUUGAUUCGACCACGAGAGACCAAGCCGCCCUGUACCGUUUGAGCGGAGACUGGAACCCUCUCCAUAUAGACCCCAGCUUUGCUGCCAUGGGAGGCUUCAAGGCUCCCAUACUUCAUGGCUUGUGCUCGUUCGGCUUUGCUGCGAGACACGUCCUCAAGCAGUUUGCCGACAACGACCCCUCCAGAUUCAAGGCCAUCAAGGUUCGCUUUGCAAAGCCAGUGAUGCCAGGUCAGUCACUACAGACUGAGAUGUGGAAGGAAGGCAACAGAAUUCACAUCCAGUGCAAAGUGAAGGAGACCGAAGCCGUUGUGCUAGCUGGGGCCUAUGUUGAUUUACAUGGCACAUCAGAGGCUUCUCCAGAAACUGUCACCCAAGCGGGGGGCCUUCAGAGUGAGCUUGUGUUUGCAGAGAUUGGCCGUCGUAUCAAAGACGUGGGCUCAGAGUUGGUCAAGAAGGUGAAUGCUGUGUUUGGCUGGGAGAUCACCAAUGACGGCAAGACUGCUGCACAGUGGACCAUUGAUCUGAAGAAUGGCAGCGGCUCCUUGCACAAAGGCCCUUACAGUGGGAAGGCGGAUGUGACCUUCACCGUGUCGGAUGAAGACUUCAUGGAGGUGGUGCAGGGGAAACUGAACCCUCAGAAGGCGUUUUUCUCUGGCAAGCUUAAGGUUAAAGGGAACAUCAUGCUGAGUCAGAAGCUGGAGGUCAUCCUGAAGGACUACGCCAAGCUGUGAGCUCCUCAGCCAACCACUCAGACGACUCUUUCACCGAUUGACCAGCCGACCAGCUCUCUCUGUCUGUCUACUUUACUUCUCCUGAUUCAUGAGUGUGUACAAACGCCUAAACAAAUCAGCCAGUAAGAUAAGGACUACUUCAGAGUGAAUUCUCUCAUAUAAAUUACCUCUAACUGAAGUAUUAAAAUGUACAAAGACUACCUGAUCAAACAUGAGGUCAUCUUUAUUUUAUCACUUUGGCUAUGUUGACAUCACAGGGCUCAAUUCUGAUUUUUCCCAAGAUUGAUCUUUCUGCCUAGACUGCUUACAUUCAUGUUUGAAGUGACCCGUAUCUUACAUCAGUGUGAACGGACGCUGCCCUGAAACGCCUCACAUAAAGUCAAUAACAUCACACACCUCUUACUAACGUACACCGAGUGAGCAAGUGAACUCUGGCGGAUGGAGCGUGAAAAAAUAUUCAGAUUCACAACGAGCGACAAACAAGUUCAGGGAGCCGAUGGAGUUCUGAGCGAGCCAAAGCAACGGCGGAGGUGUGCAAAGCUUUGCCAAAAUAGAGCUAGGACGAGUGUUUUCUCAAACAGGCAUCAUGUAACUAGCCUGUUGACUGACACACAGAGCAGAUUAAAGCAUCUUCAUUGGGAAACACUGAAACAAUCCCCUCUUGCUCAUUCACAUCACGUCCUAUAUGUUGGAACAACAACAAAAAACAUCACACUUGUGACCCAGGCAUUUAGGAAAUAAAAUAAAUGGUUAAAGCUUCACCUCCCAAAUGAUUUGCUGCCGUCAUCGGAUGAUAAUUCAUCAUAUGUUGAGGAUGCGGGUGAGAGGAAGGAGUCAAGAGGAGGACAAGAGGAGUCAGGGUGGUGGGGCUGCAGUGUGGAGGGUUUCACAGAGGAGCAGUUCCUCCAAAACUUUAGGAUCAUCCCAUAUUCUUCUGUAGUUUUGACACUCUGAUACUGUAUGGUGAGUGAUCUGCACCUGCAGUUCAAUAUGACGUGGAAAAUCCAUGGAUGUACGGGUAAAACACUCACACAGCGGUCACAUGACCACUGAUCAGAUAUGUAUCCCACUUAGGAACAGGUAUACAAGUGGCCGACAAAUCUGUGUGUCUACACUGUGUAAUCUGUCAUGAGAGAAAAAAAAUCAGAUUUGAGCCACAUUAUCUUGUAAUGUGAACAUAGCCUUUGACAACACAAACAGGAGGAAACAGGAUUUAAAAAAUGUUUUAAUAAUAAUUCAUUGUCUUUUCAGCUGGUUAGAGCUUACUUGGUUGGUUCUGCCUGGUCCUUCCCUGCUAAAUGUGCACUUAACCCACCUGCCUUUAAAAAACAGGAAAUAAUUAACAGUUUUCAGAUUCAACGAGAUAUCAGGAGAAACAAGUGUCUACUACAGUGAGCCACAUUUCAUCCUAGUACUGGGUGAACGUACUGGAUGGCAUGAGAACAAUUACAAUUCAAAGUCAUACUCCAGUCUGUUAAAUCAGAAGCAGUUUUUUGUACCUGAUAUUGAGAUCUCAAAAUACUGAAAUGUAUAAUAAUGUUAUAAUAAUGUAGAGUUUGCUAGCUAUGAAAAAUAAUGAUUUACACUUAAUUUUUAAUGCUAAUUAUGUGAUUGUAAAGAAAUUCAGUGUUUGCUCUUCUAUGAAAAUAAAGUAAUUCAGAUGAAAA